AAAAACAAACACACACACACACACACACACACACACACACACACACAGCACAGAGUCAGCGAAGCUACGACCAGAAAAUGUUUGGCAUAACUGAUAAAUAACUUCAGACCAGUGUUCUUUCCAAAACUUUAACUAUAGAGUCAGUUUGUGUCCUGAGGACAGACAGUGAAACCAUUUAUAUUAUUCUAUAUAAUAAUCAGAAUCAAUCAGAGCAGCUAAUAAUGCAGCCAAAACCAUCACGUCACGUGACGAACAGCGAGGUGGAGGAACGCCUGACUGUUAGAGAAAGUGAUUAAAGUAUUCUUUCUGUAACAAAUAAACAAACAGUGUUCAGGUGAAUCACUACAGUGUUUCAAUGCAUCGCAGUUUAUUAAUAUCCAACACCAAAGUGUCCUGGCAAUGAUUUACCACAGGUCUCAGACCGGCCUGCUCCGUGUCCUCCAGUGACUCUGUCCAGCUGCUGCCAGAUGCUACAGAACACCUGGAUCCAGUGAGUUCUGACUUCACCUGACACUGAGCCCAAACAGGAGGGAACACUCAGAGGAGCAGGAUUAUUGAUGAGCUGUUAAACUACAAUAAGAGGGCGGCAGAGUAAACGGAGCUGAGAGAGGAGUGUGUUCAGCCUGAAGGAUGAGUGGAGGAGUCCAGCAGUCGUUGUUUUUCCUCGGGCUUCCGGACCUGAAGAGGCUGGUGUGUGUCACCCUGACUCUACAGGAGCAGGACGAGGAGCCCAGGAGCAAACAGAUUAAAACCUGCAGAGAGCUGGUGUUGCUGUACUCUGAUAUCCUGGCUUCUCCUGCUCUGGACUCCUUCACUGAUAUCACAGUGGUCAUGGCCAUCCCGUUUUUCCAGAAAGGCAUCCUCCAGGCGUUUGGACAAAGACGCCGUCUGCAGAUGGACUCUCCUCGGUGUGUGUUUCCAGGUGACCUCCAGUGUUGUCUGUCCUACUCUCUGAUCACCAGACUGGCUCCCAGCUGGAACAAAGCAGGACUCUACCUCAUCUCUGGAAGAGACUUUCUGACUGAGAGGGGGAGGCUGAACGCUGUCAGUUUGGAGCUGAGCACCAGUGAGGGUCAACUGUGCCUCAACAUCGAAGCCAACACUGUCAGACUUCCCCCAACAAGACUGGAGGACUUUGACCUUCCUCCGUUAGUACUGAGGAGGUUCUGCAGUGAUCCGGACUUCAUCCUUGAUCCUACCUCCACCAGGGGAACCAUCUGGUGUCAUGUCCUGCCCAGUAUGAAGAAGGGUCAGAUCAUCACCAUCAGCCGUCAGCUGCCCAGAGACGGACCCUUCAGGACCUACAGAGACCUUCAGAGCCACUGGAACUGUCUGUACGGGUACAGACUCCCUGAGCUGCAGGAGGAGGAGGUGGUGUACUGCAGCGUUUACUUCAGACUGGUGGGAGAGAGACUCUUCACGUAUCCUCUGAGCUGCAUCCGCCUGCAGCCGGUGCAGCGCUGCCCUCGGGUCGACCUGCAGGGGGCGCUGGGCUCCUUCCUGUCUGACAUCAGGGGCAGAGUGCAGAGUGUGUGUGGCUUCUCUGCUCGCCUGACCAGCAAACCCUGUUACCACACAGCCAGCCUCACCUCUGCUGCUUCAGCACAGGUGUUGAGUGUGGAGCAGGUAAACUUGACCACUACAUCCUCCAUCAGAUCCGUCCUCACCCAGCUCCCUGCUCCUCCUCCUCCCCAACCUGUGAGGCCCUUGUUUGGGUCCCAGCCUCCAGCCUGGACCCCUCUCUCCCAGCAGGACGGAGCUCAGGGGCUUCUGGGAAAUGGAUACGGAUGUGGAAACAGUCAGAGUCAAAGUCUGGGGAGAAGGGAAGUCGGAGACAGGCCUUUGUCGCCAUCUUCCUCCUCCUCCUCCUCGCAUGUUUCUUUUUCCAUUUCUGAUUCCACAGGUUACCAGUCAGCUCCUUCCCUCACCUCCUCCUCCUCAGUCCUCCCCCCUCCUCCUCCUCCCAGUCAAACCUCGAUGAACCCUGCUCCUAAACUGGUCCCCAUCUUCAAGAACAAGCAUCCAUCACGCCACAUCAACGUCGCCCUGCUGCGCGUCCAGAAGCAGAGGGAGCAGCUGAGAGGAGGAGGGGAGGAGAGGAGGAGGGUGACGCUGCCUGCCUUUGGGAAGCUCAGACCUGUCACUGCUCCUUCUUCUGCUCCUUCUUCUUCUUUUGCAUCCCUCCCAGUCCCUCCUCCACCGUUCAUUCCUCGCUUCAACCGUCGCCCGAAACCUCAGAGCAGCACCGCUCCUCAGCCAUCAGCUCACCCCAGAAUCAAGCACAUCUCCAGCCUCAGUCCUGCAUCAAAGGCUAACCCUGGGUUUAUCCUCACUCCAAAACCAGAGAUGAAGCUUAAAUCCAGGUCCAGCCCCAAAACUAGUGUGAAGACUACCUCUGAAAACCAUUCCAGCUGUAAACUGCAGGGAAAAGCAACAAACCAACCGUCUGCUGCCCCACCUGAGCCUCCUCAACCUCCGACAUCCUGUGACGCCUCCAGCAGCAGCAGAGAGGGAAUUGUGUUUGAGUCAAAGCCGAAGAAAUCCAGAUCUGCGACACGAGAUGUGGAUGUGGAGAAAAUGGCCAGAAGCAACCAGUUGUCCAAGCUGAACUCUGCGACUCUGUUGGCCUGGUUGAAAGGGAGAGGAGUGCUCGUCAGCGCCAAACACAGGAAGGAGGAGCUGAUGCUGAAGGUCAUGAGCUGUCUGGCCGAGGCCUGAGACACACACACACACACACACACCAUAUCUACUUAAUAGACUUACUUUGGAGUAUUAACGCUGUGCUAAGCUCCUCAUUUAAGGAUUUGAUGUAAAUCUGGCGUCUUAUCAGUGAAUCACAGGGAAACUGGAGCAGAUGAGACCAUCUCAUCCUCGCUAAUUGAGAUGCUGAAGAUUUGCCAAAGUGAAAUUCUGGUGUCAGAUAAAGUCGCUGCCGUGUCCACAGGAAGUGAUAAAUUGAAAACUACAAAGUAAAAAUCAAAAUGUUGCAAAUCAAAGUUUUUUUUUCUCUCAUCUCUUUGGUUUUGUUUGAUGUGAAGCGUCACAAUUGUUGAGGUUGGUGAACAGUUUUAAUCACCUUGAAGGAGUUCUGAUCAGUUUACAUUUUUCAGUCAGUUACCUCUCAGAGCUGCAGUGGUGCAAAACUUUUCUCAUGCAUCUUUAACCAUCUGUCGUUUAUUGAAUUAAACAUAAACAGAACUAUUCUCCUGUGCAGUGUUCAUUUAAAUCCAUUUAUAUUUUCACUGAAAGUAUUCUCUAUUCUUUUCCCUACACUCAAUAUUUCCUUAUCUAUACAGUAUUUAUUCAGUAGUUCCUUGCUUGUUGUUCAACAAUGUACAAUUGUAUUUACACACUGAGGCUCUGUUUUAAAGAUAAGUCUUAAAAACUGCUGUGAUAUAUAUUUUAUUCACUAAA